AGAGGGAGGUGCUCAAUUAUCGAGUUGAAUAAUUAACAGAACUGAGACAGCCAGCCAGACAGAAGGUCAGAGGAGGUCGGUCAGGUGUUGGAUGGUCAUCGAUGCGACAUGGAGCUGCUGUCCUCUCUGAAGACCUUUCUGAAGACCGUGGACAACGGGACUCUGGACCAGGAGUACAACAUGGUGCGUUCACAGACCUCGGUGUUGAAGAGAGAUCAGAGUUUGACCACUGAGGCCGGAGCUCUGAAGGAAAACAUCAAGAAGAACAGAUACAAAGACAUCCUGCCAUAUGACCAGUCUCGUGUGGUCUUGUCUCUACUGACAUCAGACUCAGACAGUGAUUACAUCAACGCCAGCUUUAUCAAGGGGGCGCUGUCAGACAACAGGUACAUCGCCUCUCAGGGGCCCCUCGCCUCCACUCUGACAGACUUCUGGAGGAUGAUCUGGGAGAACGACGUGAAGGUGAUAAUCAUGGCCUGCAGAGAAAUAGAGAUGGGAAAGAAGAAGUGUGAGUGUUACUGGUCUCCAGUUCACCAGUCAGCUGAGUUUGGACCCUUUACUGUCUGCAAUCAGGAGGAGACGCGUCCUGAUGAAGACGUGGUGAUCAGAGUUCUGACUGUUUCCUACCAACAGGACAGUCGUUCACUGACUCAGUAUCAGUUCCUCUCUUGGCCGGAUCAUGACGUUCCCUACGAGGCUGCAGGAGUCCUGGAUCUACUGGAGAAAGUCAGAGAGAGUCGAGGAACACACACCUCCCCUCUGCUGAUCCACUGCAGUGCGGGUUGUGGGAGAACCGGAGUCAUCUGUGCUCUCGACUACAUCUAUGACCUGCUGGUUACCAAGCAGAUCAACAAAGACUUCAGCAUCAUGCAGAUCGUCAUGGAGAUCAGGAGACAAAGACCUUCUGCUGUCCAGACAAAGGAGCAGUAUCAGUUCAUCUUCACUGCAGCCACCUGCAUGUUGGAACAGGUGCUCCAGUCGCCCGGCCUUCGUCGGCUCUACAGUAACAGGUCUGAGCUGAAGACACAAGAACAGAAAACCACAGGGACACCUUCAUCUUCCUCCAAGAGACUCCCACCGCAGAAGACCAUGAACGACACCUACGCUGUGGUCAACAAGCCCAGACAGCCCCACCCACCUGCUGCUGACCCCGCCCACUCCGCCGUAGCCACGCCCACAUCCAGGACGCUGCCCGCCUCCCAUCACUAUGACAACGACUCCUCCGGAGCGUCGGCGGCUCCCAUCUACAGCACCGUCAGACCGAGAGCCAAACCUAACAGCCUGCCGCCCUCCACCACGCCACACUAUGACAUGCCAUCGCCAACCAAUCACAGGCCAGGGGAGGGGCCGCCGUCGCUAGGCAACAGCAGAGAGUAUCACCUGAGUCCAGCUGACGAUGACUAUGAAGACUUCUCCUCCGUCUCUGACAUCAGCGGCCUCGGCUCACCUGGUGGCAUCGGGUUUAACUGUCGGAUUCAGAAACCCAGAGGACCCAGAGACCCUCCAGCUGAGUGGAGCCGACUGGAGAGAUGAACUGGUCAGACUGGUCCUCACUGGUUACCUCCUGGUUAUCUCCUGGUUAUCUCCUGGUUAUCUACUGGUUAUCUUCUGGUCAUUUUUAUCAGAUGAACUGAACCUGUUAA